CCCUCUGAGCUCAAAAGGCCGUUACGGUCCGAGUUUCCAAAGUAAUAUUUUUAUUUUCGACAACUCCGAAUUAGGUUUUCGUGCAGUGUCUCAACGGGAGGUUCCACGACGAACCGUAAUCAUUGUCACAAUGAUAGCCUACCCAAUAACAUAGAAGAAUUGCAUUUCCUCUGUGCCAAUAAUCAUUAAAGCCUCAAAGUCGAGAACCAUCGUCAUGGUGUGAUCUGCUGCACCGGCCACCAAUCACUGAUCACAUAACCUGGCCAAGAAGAAUGGUAGCAAAACUAAACGAAAGUUACCCCUCGGCGAGAGUAUCGCAAAUUAAUGUACUUCAAGGAUCAAGCCCUACCCUAAAUGUUUCCAACUCCUCAAAAAAUUCGGAGGAAAGGGUAUCGGAAAGUGAAUCUUCCGAAGACGAAUUUCUUGUGAACUGGGGACCGGAAAGUCCUGACCCCAAUAUAUUUUUUCCCGUUGGAUGGGGCUCGCAUGGUUUGGAGGAGGAUCCUUGGAACGAUAAGAAUAAACCCUACGUCAAGCUGACGCGCUAUGAAGACUUGGAGUUAAACGAAAUGGAACAGCAAGGUGUUUUAACGGACCGCAUUCUUGCUGCCUGUUCCUCCUACUUGGAUAAAUCGCCCGAGACUAACGGAUUUGUGCUGUGCAAGGCAAAUCUUUCAAAGAAGUUCCUCAAAGACAUUAGGAUUAUUCAGUUACAUCACUUUCUUCAAUACGUCGAUUUGUCCUAUAAUGACCUAACAAAUGUGGAAUCUUUAAGUGAACUGCCCUUUUUGAUGUAUCUGGAUGUCUCACACAACUGCCUUGGAAAAUUACUGAACUUCAACCCUCCACUUUAUUUAACGUACGUUAAUUACUCGUUCAAUAAUGUGGCAAAGAUUAAUGAUCUCAGCUUGUUUUGGUCACUGGUCCAUUUAGAUAUUUCCCACAACCAAAUUAAGGUGAUUGAAGGGCUUCAAGAACUUAAAUAUUUAAAACAUCUCAAUUUGUCUUACAAUAUGAUCAAGUGCAUCGAAAAUCUGAAUCACAUGCCGCUGCUGAGUUUGAAUCUUGAAAGUAAUGGCAUAGAGACGUUUGAAGAAGGUGAAGGCCGAGGUUUAAAGACAUUGCCCGACAUUUUGAAAUUAAACUUAGACUACAACCAUUUAAGUACAAUUAAAUUCUGUGAAGGAAUGGACACACUUCAGUCUCUCACUGUGCAAGCCAACAAUCUUAGAGAUCUGUUGGAGUUAUCUUACUUGAGAAACUUAAAUUCUUUAAGUGAAGUCGAUUUUAGAGAUAAUUAUCUGAGUAGUUUAGAUCGAUAUUUCGACGCUUGCAUAUAUAACGUCAACUAUAUCUCGGUUCUUGAUGGAGAGGUUAUUGAUGCCGAGACUAAGGUGUCUGCUAAAAAUGUUUUUGAGGGAUCGAUUCAAAGUGAAGCCUUUCGGAACGCAUCUACAGCUAUGUUUAUACAGCAGUUAAACGAUCCAGUUUUAGGUCUCCCUAUUAUUCCAUUUGACAUACCUCCCGCUCCAAUUAUCAUAUUAGUUGGUCCGCCAGGUUCUGGCAAAAGCAAGUUGCUAAUCAAAUUUUGCCGGUUAAACCCGAAGCGCACUGUAAGAGGUGUAAGUCACACUACAAGACCCAAGCUUGAAGAUAACGACCAACACAGUUGGUACUAUCACGUUCAUUUGGAUGAGUUUUGGUCCAUGGCUCGCAAUGGAGAGUUUCUCACCGUGUCGCAAGUACUGGGCCAUUGCUAUGGUUUUGCUCAACAAGAAUUGGCCAAACCCGUGGGCAGUUCGUCUGCUUUGAUACUCCACAUGGAUCUCAAAGGUGCCCUAACUUUGCGCGCACAAAAUAUGAAAUGUCAUCUGGUGCUGGCAAUGCCUAGCUCGCAAGAAGUUCACAUUAGUAACAUAUUAGACAAGUACCGUGUUUACAACGAGACUAUUAUCAGUCGGAAAGGUGCACCAGAAACAAAAAGCGCCCCGUUGAAAGCAAAGGAAUUGUUGGAGAGGUACAGUACAAUCGCACAAGAAAUAGAGAAAGCUGCAUAUUAUGACAGUGAAACUUGGUCAGAUAAAGUUUCACUAAAAAGUAAAGAAGAAACGGAAAGUACAACGGAUCUUGAAAAAACCGCGAAAUAUGGAAUAUUAAAGAGCUCAAUUCACCGAACCAAAUCCGAUGGUGCACCACCGCCAAUUGGCAAAAGUGGCGGCGUUACAUUUCAAUCCAGCAUGAAGAAAAGUCGGACUUUACUACACUCUUCGCGCAGUGUCACUUUUAACGAAGAAACUACCUCUGGAGCUCCGACGCCGUUGAAUCAGAAAAGCAUUAGCGGUACAAUUCUUGGGGAAACUGAAGUUUUAAGCGUGCUAAGUAACUCAAGCGCUCCACCUACUGAGGAUAAGGCGCAGAAUCAGUUCCCGUGCCCGGCUAAAACCAUUACUGGUCCGAAUAGCAUGGCAUUUUGUGUUAAUGAAAUACUGAAAACGCGAGACUCAUAUUUGGCUUUCCAUCAGUCGAAUCCUGGAGUUCUUUUGAGUACAAUUUUCACGGACAGAGAAGAUGAGGCGUUGGAAAAGCUAAAAGGUCUACUGAAAUACUGUAUACAAGCUCAAUCGAAAUCGGCGCCAAAUUACGAAUUUAAAAAGGAUUCUGCGUACCAAGCAAUUGUAGGCGCGAGGUUAAAGUCAUUACAUCGUGAAAUCGAGAAUGAAAUGUCUAUUGGUCAAAAGCAAUUGGAUGAGUUUGCUCAUAAGACCAAGCAAGGAAAACCGUAUGAGAGCCAUUUGAAAAGGUCAACUAAAGAUGUAAUCGAGGUAAUGCGAGCCAGGCGUAAUCAGGUGUUGGGUUAUAAGCUACCCGAUGAUGUAGGGGUAGUCAACAACCCGUCACCUUUGGAUUUAUUAGACGAUUAA